AUGCCCGCUUGCUCUGUUACGUGUAUCCAGAAUGCUAUCAAAAAGAUGACAGACUGCGAUGUGACGGAUUAUGCUUGCGCUUGCAUGCAUCACGGCAAGAUCUCGUCCGCUGCGUCGGGGUGUGUUGUGGGAUCUUGCGGCCUCAGGAAGGCACUGAGUAUG